AUGUGGAAAAAGCUGGCUUGCGCUGCAGCGGCGCUGAUCAGUGGCGCGACAGCAGCGAGUUACGAUGAUAUCCCCGCCAUUGAGGUCUAUGGGCAGCACUUCUUCUACACAAACAAUGGCUCGCAGUUCUACCUCAAGGGCGUGGCGUACCAGCAAAACUACCAACCCAACGGCAGCACCGACUCCAACGCCAGCUACACUGAUCCGCUCGCUGACGGGACUGCCUGCCGUCGAGACAUCCCCUUGCUCAAGCAGAUAUAUACCAAUGUCCUCCGUGUAUAUGCCAUCGAUCCAACCAAGAACCAUGACGAUUGCAUGGCGCAGCUGGCGAGCGCAGACAUCUAUGUGAUUGCUGAUCUGGGAGAGCCCGGGACUUCAAUCAGGUCGAAUGAUCCCGAGUGGGAUGUCACCUUGUAUCAGCGAUACACUGGCGUCGUCGAUGCCCUGUCCAAGUACAAGAACGUUAUCGGCUUCUUUGCUGGUAAUGAGAAUGUCAGUGCUAGUAAUCAGACGGCUGCAGCGGCUUUCGUCAAAGCUGCUGUGCGUGACACCAAGGGAUACAUUAGCAACCAGAAAUACCGCAGUACACUCGGCGUGGGCUACGCAACUGCUGAUGUCCCCACUCGCAACGAACUUGCGCACUAUUUCGUCUGCCAGCCCGGCGACGACGGCAACAAGACGUCUAUCGACUUCUGGGGCUACAAUGUCUACUCCUGGUGCGGUAAGAGCGACUACUCGACCUCUUCCUACGGCGAGCGCGUCGAUUUCUUCUCCGACUACCCCGUCCCCGUCUUCUUCGCCGAGUAUGGAUGUAUCGAGGGUAUUGACGGUGGUGCCACCCACCGACCCUUCACAGAAGUCGAGGUCCUCUUCGGCAACAUGACCAAGGUCUUCAGCGGAGGAAUCGUGUACGAGUGGUUCAUGGGCGCGAACAACUACGGCCUCGUGGAACUGAAGAACAACGGUGCCAGUGUAUCACCUUACCCUGAUUUUACUUCCCUCCAAAGCCAACUCGCAUCCGUCAGCCCUUCCAUCACUCAACGCAGUGCAUAUACGCCCGCCAAUUCCGCGCCUGCCUGUCCCUCAGCUGGUGGCUCCUGGAAAGCUCAAGCAUCUCCCCUACCACCAACUGUAAACCCGCAAUUGUGCGCCUGCAUGGUAGGAAGCCUGCAAUGCAACAUCAAGUCCACAGACGAGAAGUCAUAUGCCGACAUAUUUGACUUCAUUUGUGGCGCUGACCAAAAGUACUGCUCCGGCAUCGCCCGCAACGCAACAACUGGCAACUUCGGCGGGUACUCUGGCUGCGACCCCAAGGAUCAGCUCGCCUUUGUUGCGAACCAGUAUUAUCUGGGUAACAGCAAGCGCGCAGAUGCGUGCAGCUUUAGUGGCAAAGCGACUACGCAGAGUGGGUCGACGCCUACAAGCUGCGCUGCUUUACUGUCUGCAGUUGGCUCGAGCGGUACUGGUUCCCCACCAACUGCGACCGGCCGUGGCGGAGCAGCAGCCUCGAGCUCCAAGUCGAAGGGAGCUGCCCCUAGUCUCAAUGCUCCGGGCUUCUUUGAGCAUGGCGAAUUGGCCAUGGGCAUGUGUGCUGCUGUGGCGGUGAGCAGUCUGUUGGGUAUGCUCAUACUAUAA